CCCAUUACACCACCCCUCCAUCUCCAUCUCCAUCUCCAUCUCCAUCAACAAACGUUCAAAAUCACUCUGCAUGGUUGAAACCCAUUUUCAGACCUCCGAUUUUCUUCUUCACUAGCUAGCUUUCCAUUUUCAUCGUCGGUUUUUUACUACAGGGAAGUUCAUCAAUGGCGACGGAAAAUGGAGAAUUCAGCUUCAACAGCAGCGUCAGAGGGCGGUUCGGGUUGCCUAAGAUUCAGACGCAUAAGAAAGCUGAAGAUGUUGAGACCAAUAAGGAAAUCUGCCAUGACGACAGCGCCCAGCCGGUGAAGGCUCAGACGGUCGACGAAUUGCACUCCCUUCAGAAGAAGAAGUCGGCGCCCACCACCCCCCUCACGGCGACGCAAGGCCCCUUCGCCGAGGAAGAUCGCCAGAAACAGCAGCUUCAGUCCAUUAGUGCAUCUUUGGCGUCGCUGACGCGGGAGACGGGGCCGAAGGUGGUGAAGGGAGAUCCAGCGCGGACGGCGGAGACACCGCGGGUGUCGGCGGUGAGCCUCCAGCACCACCACUUCUCUCCCACUCUCAACAUCAGCGACAGCGCCCUUAAGUUUACUCACAUCCUUUAUAAUCUCUCGCCUGCUGAGCUUUACGAGCAAGCUAUAAAGUAUGAGAAAGGAUCGUUUAUCACGUCGAGUGGAGCAUUGGCGACGCUUUCCGGCGCGAAAACAGGGCGUUCUCCGAGAGAUAAGCGUGUUGUCAAGGAUGAGACCACCGAUGAUGAUCUUUGGUGGGGAAAGGGUUCGCCAAAUAUUGAAAUGGAUGAGCAUACUUUCUUGGUCAACAGAGAAAGAGCGGUGGAUUACUUAUGCUCCUUGGAAAAGGUUUUCGUAAACGAUCAGUUCCUGAAUUGGGAUCCAGAGCAUCGCAUCAAAGUCAGGAUCGUCUCUGCAAGGGCCUACCAUUCUCUGUUUAUGCACAACAUGUGUAUCCGACCCACUCCUGAAGAGCUGGAGAACUUCGGUACUCCAGACUUCACAAUAUACAACGCCGGUCAGUUUCCAUGCAACCGUUACACCCAUUAUAUGACUUCCUCUACUAGCAUAGACCUGAAUCUGGCUAGGAGGGAAAUGGUGAUCCUCGGCACCCAAUAUGCCGGGGAAAUGAAGAAGGGCCUAUUCAGUGUAAUGCACUAUCUCAUGCCUAAGCGUCAAAUCCUCUCCUUACACUCCGGCUGCAACAUGGGAAAAGACGGAGAUGUGGCCCUCUUCUUUGGAUUAUCAGGGACUGGUAAGACGACAUUGUCUACGGAUCACAACAGGUAUUUGAUUGGAGAUGAUGAGCAUUGCUGGAGUGAUAACGGUGUGUCAAACAUUGAGGGCGGUUGCUAUGCAAAGUGUGUAGACUUGUCUAGAGAGAAGGAGCCUGAUAUAUGGAAUGCAAUCAAGUUUGGCACUGUUCUUGAAAAUGUGGUGUUUGAUGAACACACACGAGAAGUGGAGUACUCCGAUAAAUCUGUGACAGAAAACACUCGGGCUGCAUAUCCAAUCGAGUUCAUUCCAAAUGCAAAGAUACCAUGUGUUGGUCCUCAUCCCAAAAACGUCAUUCUUUUGGCCUGUGAUGCCUUUGGAGUGCUUCCUCCCGUCAGCAAACUCAGCUUGGCUCAGACAAUGUAUCACUUCAUAAGCGGCUACACAGCUUUGGUAGCUGGAACAGAGGAUGGUAUAAAGGAGCCUACGGCAACAUUUUCAGCAUGCUUUGGUGCAGCAUUUAUUAUGCUUCAUCCUACCAAGUAUGCAGCCAUGCUGGCAGAGAAAAUGCAAAAACACGGAGCGACUGGUUGGCUCGUGAACACUGGCUGGUCUGGUGGAAGCUAUGGAUCAGGAAGCCGUAUCAAGUUAGCUUAUACCAGGAAAAUUAUUGAUGCCAUACAUUCAGGGACCCUCCUGGAAGCAAACUACACUAAGACAGAAAUCUUUGGGCUUGAGAUCCCUACCGAGAUUGAGGGGGUACCUUCAGAAAUACUAGAUCCAGCCAAUACAUGGUCUGACAAAAAUGCAUACAAGGAUACUCUUCUGAAGCUGGGAGGUCUUUUCAAGAAGAACUUUGAGGUAUUCCUGAACUACAAGAUUGGAGCAGACAACACCCUGACUGAGGAGAUCCUGGAAGCUGGACCAAAAUUCUAAGUUUAAAUUCGCAAGUGAUGAAGCAUAUGAGAAAAACGGAGAGAGAGUAUUCUAAACAUGUUUAUUUUAGUUCCGUCAGUGAUAUCAAAUGAAAGUAAAUAUGGAUGUCAUCUUACCAUGAAGAAUGUUGUUUGCUUGUAUAGUUUUUAUUAGGUCCAGUUUGGUCUUUUUAGUUUAUAUGUAACUGAAUACAUAUGCCACCAUGAACUAGGUACCAGAUUGUCUCUGUUUGAUGGGUGGGAAGUUGUCUUCUGGUUCAUUUUAUUGAAUGAUUGUUUUGCAUUUUCCAA